AUGAAUAUAACAAAUAGUACUCUAAACAAUGAAACUUAUCCAUUAAAUAUAUAUGAAAUUAAUGAAAAACUUACCGCAAAUCAAAAAUACGAGUUCUAUUUCAAUCAAAAUUUCAUCACAUUAAUUUUUGCAAAUCUAGCAUCAAUUUCUGCAAGAGUAUUCUAUAAUUCUAAUAAUAAAACAUACUUUGCCGGUGAAUUUGAUCAAAAAAAUCAAACCUAUGGCUUUCAUUUUGGCAUACAGACAUUUUUUCUCAUUGUUGAAUCAAAAAUCGAUCAAAAUUUAACUGGACACAUGAUAGAUGAUUUCAAUUUGUCCAAAGUAAUAGUUUCUACUGUUCCUUAUCAAAAUAGAACAAUAAACUCAGGAGAAUCAUUCUUUCAUUUGCCCAAAAACAGAACUUAUAUCAACUGUUACGGCAAUUCUUAUCAUUCUCCUUACUAUAUUCUUGCAAAUAAAACAAUUCUUUACCAAACUAACAGUAGUGAUAUGAACGGAAUAGAAAUCAACUAUACAAGUACAAAUGAAACAUUCUUCAUAUCAAAAUCAGAAAUAAUUCCAAUUAAAAAAAUCGAAUACAAAUUGACUUAUAAAUCAUUGAAUUCUACAAAGAAUAUGACUACUAUUAGUAAUUCUACGAACACCUCAAUGAAUAAUAACGAUAAAUCCAAAAAUAUUUCAGAAAAAACGAUGGGAUUAAUCUUAAUCGUUGGAUUUACAGUCUUUUCCGGUAUUGCAUUCAUUUUCAUGUAUAUUAAACAAUACUUUGACCUACAAAAUUUUCAUUACGUCGAAUUAGACAACGAAAAUAACGAAGAACAAAGAGAUUCAUAA